AUGGCGGCUGCGUCAGGCCAGAUUCUGGUCGUCGGUGGAGGGCCCGCCGGAGCAGUCACGGCGUACUGGCUUGGCAGAGCAGGCUUCCAUGUCACCGUGAUUGAACGUGCCGCCGCUCGAUUUGCCAAUGGCCAAGGUAUCGAUAUUACCGGACCAGCCGUGGAGGUUGUCCGAAGAAUGGGCCUGGAGAAUGAGAUUCGCGCAAACACCACCGGAGAGGCAGGAUUCGCGAUUUUGAACGACGAUGCUGAGCCUGUUGGAGUCGUGGGAACCGCUGGGGAGGCGUCUAGCGCCGACAAUGGAUCGAGGACACUCAGUCUGACGAAAGAGAUCGAGAUCAUGCGGGGGACAUUGUCGAGGAUUCUUGCUGGUGCCGCCGAGUCGCUCCCCCACGUUACAUACAAGUACGGAUGCAGUGUAUCUGAGAUUCGACAGAGUGAGACUGGUGUGACGGCAGUGUUGUCUGAUACCGGAAAGGCAGACACCUACGCUGCAGUGAUCGGUGCGGAUGGUCUAAACUCGAAGGUUAGAAGGCUAGCAUUUGAUCCCGACACCAACUCGAAGUGCUUGAGGCCGCUCGAUCAAUACGGGGCUUUCUUUUCCAUGCCGGGUCAGGAGGAAGAUGUCCCAAAUGCACGCUGGCAGCACUUCACAAGAGGACGGUCAGCUAUUGUGCGACCAAUUGAUCAAACACCCACCAAAUCGUCCGGCAUUGUCGUCCUCAACGGGAAGUCGAAAGUGCUCGAGGACGUCGUCGAUGGAUCCCGUGAAGAUCAGAAGAGGACCAUGUCAGCAGAGUUCGUGGGUUUGCCCGGCCUAGGCCCACGCGUCAUACAGCAGAUGAAUGAUGCUGAUGACUUCUACUUCACCCGAAUUGCUCAGAUCAAACUCGACCGAUGGCACAACGGCCGUGUAGCUCUCGUCGGAGACGCAGCCUAUGCUCCCAGUCCAAACACGGGAGCAGGAACGCUGCUGGCGAUUGUCGGUGGUUACUUGCUCGCCGGUGAACUGGCGCGAUCUCCAGAUGAGCCCGCCAUGGCUUUUGAACGAUACCAUGCGCUGCUGAAAGACUUCGUUGCGAAGAAACAGGUACUCCCUCUCAGUGGACAGGCGCCGAAAUUACUGAAUCCUCAGACCGCAUGGGGCAUUUGGAUCCUGAGGACAAUCUUUUGGUUCGUCGCGUGGAGUGGAGUGUGGAAGUAUGCGAGCAUCUCUCCUCAGGCGACGAUCGAUUUGCCCGAGUACACAUUCAGCGCCUAG